AUGGUUAACAAUAAGCAUGGCAGCUAUGCCAAAUCCUUCCUCGAUAACCUCUUGGUUGCAAAGAAUGGCUCCACGCCAAACCCUCAGUCGUUCUCUUCCAACUCUACAUCAGCUACCGCCAACACAGCUGCCUCUUCAGCCGCUACAUCUCUGGGCACAGCACCCUUGCUCACAGCUGCCUUCAAACCACACAAGCCUUCCUCCUUAUCUUCAUCCGCCUCUGCAUCGGCUUCUGAGGAUGGAGCAGCCGAAAGAGCUACAUCCGGCUAUGAUGCCUAUCUACCUUCAACGCUCUUCUCUCACCCAGACUACGAUCAAGAAGAGCAAGACAAUCUCAACCUUAAUCAAGUCGACGAUGAUGACGCUUCAUCUAUAGCCGCUUCACCGCCUCUCUCUUCCUCCUUCAAGGCUCAGCAGCUUUCACUCCAGGCUCUCUCGCAUCAUCGCUCCUUCUCCACCUCGAGUAGUCGCAGGACCUCCACCUCGAACCCUACGCCCGACUACACCACCGACAUCCUCGCCACUCUCAAUGACCAGCAUCUCGACGAGGAGGAACGCAUCGACAAGGUCAGAGCCACGCUUGCCAAUGCUCUCUACGCCAUCGAAGGUCUACCUUCACCCUCGGCACGCAUCGACAAUCUUGUCCUCGACCUUAUGCAUCGUCAUCGAGAGGAUGUUCAGCCCACUGGUGCCCACUUUUCCUCCAACCCAACCCAGUCGCCCCUACGUCGUCCAGCUAGGAUACCCUCCUUCUCUACCUCUCGCCCCUGGACGCCAUCGCGGCCUUCCUUCUCGCCUGCCUCUUCAUCCUUCGCCACUCCGACAGAGUCAUCAGCCGUUUCCGCAGCCUUUGCCAACUCUCAGCGUCCAACCUCGCCUCACUUGGGCUCUAGUGCACUUUCCUCGCUCACUUCGGCUACUACUCCAGCAUGGCCCUCUCCCACAGCAACAAGAGCAGCCAGCCCACGACCCCAUCCUGGAGUCAUUGGCUCUGGCUCUCCUCGUGCUUCACCUCGACCUUGGAACCGUACUCUAUCUAACCUCUCCACCACCAGUCUAGCCUCUACGAAUGGUGCAGCUGCAGGCACUCUAUCCCCCAUGUCUUCGCUUCCACCAGGCGUGUUCGGCAAUCCAGCUAGUCGCCCAGCCUCACCAUCUCCUUUCAGCUCACCGAAGCUCAACAUUGCAGCAACCGAGUUCAAACCACGCACCGGCCCUUCCACUAGCAGCACCACCACCAUCAGCACCACCACCACCACCACUGCCGCUGCUGCUGUUGCUGCUGCUGCUGCUGCUGCUGCUGCUCAACUUACGCCAACUCGUCCAGCUCUCCACCUCGUGCGCCGUCCUAGCUCCAAUGCCAGUAGCACCAACCUCGCUCUCGCCAACAAGAGUCACGCUGGUGCUGGCGAUGACGACGACGAUGAGUUCUCGCCCUUUGGUACUGUCAAGCCUGCUCAACAGCCGCUCAGCUAUGCUGGUUUCACUUUGUACGAUCCGGAUGCUGGCUGGACUUCGGCACAGACUGCUGCUGGUGCUCAGAACGCGUAUCAGUCAAGUUGGCCCAGUGUCGAUAUGGGUCAGAGCAGGGACCCUUCCGAUCCUAGCGCGUCUGCUACAGAGCCUACGGCUCCUCUGACACCUUUCGACAUGCUCUACUCCAUCCUUGUCACGGGUACCAAAGCUGGCUCGUCAGAGUGGAGUCCGGAGCAGGUCGAUGAGGCGCUUGUUAUGCACAACUACGAUGUCGAAAAGACACUCAAUGCCAUCUGGGAGAACGACGGCAAGCCUUUGGGUGAUGGUACACGAUCUCUGUUGUCAGGUGCAGGACCUUCUGCUAAUCGCUUCUCCGCUCGUCCUUCCGCAUCCAACUCGCCUCGCAUGGCUCCCGCUCAGCUGCCAGCUACGGCAGGCGUCAAGGCUGGUGUUAAUGUCAUGUCCAGAGAAGCGCUCGGUUUGGGUGGUGCUCGUGGUCAGCGUCCCGCUUUGUCCAGAUCUGGUUCAUCACAGAUAUCGCAGCGGUAUGAAGCAGCACCAGGCGCAGCAGGAGGCGCAGCCAAUCGCGUCUGUCGAUACUAUUUGGCUGGGGAAUGUCGACGUAGUGAUUGCCGCUUCUCCCAUGACUUGGACAGUCGUGCUGUCUGUCGCUACUGGUUGAAGGGGCAUUGUGCUCAUAAUCCUUGCAACUUCUUGCAUGAUUACGAUGCGCUCAACCAGCUGGCCGCCGGUAUUGUUUCUGGUCUGAAUGUCAAUGAUGCAUCAGCCUCGACAGCCGAGCCAUCAGAUACUUGGCCUGCGCAUGCAGCAAGUGCUGGCAAUGGUGCCAAGGAAGACUUCCCCGAACUCGGAGGGAGUUCGAAGGAUGGGUCGAGCAAGUCCUCGUAUGCUGCGACGUUGGGUGGUGGUGCUGCUGCUGCUGCUGAUGCUUCCAGAAACAGGUGGGCUUCCACCGUGCAGAGGAAGGCUCCAACGGAUGCUGUCAUACGGGCACACAGUGAUUCGCAAGGAGUGAUCAGUAUUCACUCCAAAGCUGGUCCGAUGCGAUCUCAGCCUGGAGCAACAGGUUCAGCAGAAGGCAAGCAGGUUGGCAAGGCUGCGGCUGCUACAUCACGCACCUCAGCCCGUAUCCCAUUGCGACCAUCAGCACUCCUCCCCACCCUACUAACUGGCUCCAGUGCAGCCUCAACCUACCAAACCCAUCGAGCCGACGUCCUCUCGCUCGCGGAACAACGCAACAAACUUCUCGCCCGUGCCUCCGAAGCAUACCGCAAAGGCGAUGUCGCUUCCGCCUCCAAAUUCUCCAAAGAAGCUUCCUCUCUAAACCAUCGAUACGAAGACGAAUCUCGAACUGCUGCCCAUGCUAUCGUCAAAGACCGUCUCGUCGAGCUUCGAGCUAGACUGAACGACCCAUUCGCCUCGGGCUCUAAUGCGGCUGCGCAGAGCACCGAAGCUGGUACACGCAAUCUUCGCGGGAAGGUUGUGGGUAAUGGUUUGGGUCUUUGUCUCGGUGCGGUUAGGCGAGGAGCAUUGCAGGGGAAUUCAGCGAAUCUUUCGGUGGAUGAAAGGACAGAGUGUUUGUUGGAUCUGCAUGGAUUGCAUGCCAAAGAAGCCGUUGAGUUAACCGAGAAGUUUUUGUUGGGCUUGGAGGCGGAGGCGAUUCAAGGAUUAGCCUACUUAGCCAUAGGCAAGGGGAAACAUAGUAGUAAAGAAACGGAUAGAAGGAGAGUUGCUGUCGAGGGUUUUGUGAAGCAGUUUUUGAGUAGUUAUUCCUAUCCCUUUGCCGAAAGUGAAGGUCUCUUGGUUGUUGAUCACUUGAGUCAUCUAUAA